AUGGGCCAGCCAGGACGAGGAAACAUUGUAGCCACUGGAAGUGCUACGUUCACCCUCCCAGCGGAUCUGCAAUCCCCGUCAAGUGUUGAGGCAAGGAGAGACUAUUAUACCUCGUCGGAGACAGCUUCUACUGUUGCUACAUUCCCCCUUCCCACAGGUAGAGGCAGAGGCAAAGGGAAAGACAAGGGAAAGGGCAAGGGCAAGGGCAAAGGCAAGGGCUUGCAAGUUGCGGGCGCUUCACACCGCCGUCGUGUCUCGGAGUCGCAUUCUACUCUCCUUGGUAGCCCUGGCUCCCAGGCACCGGAUCGGUCUCCAAGCCGGGGUUCCUUCGGAAGACGCAAUUCUAGCGGGCUUGUCUCGGUUUCAAGGUCUCGUCAGUACACAUCAGACGCGGCUGAUGGCAAUACUGGGAGCACCGAAGGGACAAAAGGUGCGAAGUCGUCGUCACGCGGGAAGCGCGUUGGGCCUCUAGAUGAAAAGAAUCGGGAGCUCGCGACGAAAAGACGCAACGACCGGACGGUGUGUAUCGGCUGCAAGAUGGCCAAGGUUAUGUGUGCCGGCCGAGAAGAUGGAGGAGACUGUAAGCGGUGCGCCAGCAGCCACAGCAGUGCUCCCAAGCCGUUUGUGUGCGCUCCGGCCAGCUUCUUUGAGCUUGUUCAGCAAGGUAGCACGGCUUUGCUUGCUCUCCACGCCGUCUACCCUAUCAACCACUUGACCGGCCUUCGAGAGCCGAUGAAGCUUCCUGCGGAGAUUCACAUUGGAGAUAUGCUCAGCUUCGUCGACAACCUGAAACGAACCCACGACAUGAUCCGUGUCUACGCUGGGGGUACCAUGCUUUAUGAGCUCGAUCUCCAUGCCUGUUGGGUAUCCAUCAACUCGACAGCCAACCCCGUGUCGCAUCCUUUCCGACGGUUCAUUGACGGGCUCAAGGUCCAGAGGCAUGACCAAUGGAAGGCUUGUAUCAGAGACGGCCGCGGCCAGCCCUUGGACGACAACUCGUGCGGUGCGCUUCUCGCGCUGGACGACAUGGCUCCCUGGUUUAGGUACUCCUUGGUGCCCAAGGGUUCUGGCGCUCUCUUUGGUAACCCCAAUGGCGGGGCCGAGACGUUGCUCAGCCCAGGCAACGAGUACCAUCGGCAGGUAAUCAUUGUCGCAGCCCAGCUGUCUCGGAUCAUCGGACGCAAGCUGGAGCUUCACUUUUACGACCAUCUCAAGAGGAUCCUUGGCAACCCGAGCAUCUGCACCGAGCUUGUUCUCGAUGUUGGGCGCACACUGCUGUCGCUCCGUCGGCGUCUAGUCCAAUGGAAGCAGACGCGUGCAGCUGCGUCUCUCUCUGCCACACCAGAGCAUGAGAUGGAUGCUCAGGAAGACGGCGACACGGGCGGUAGUGUGCCUGGCAACCGUCUGAGCCGAAUCAAAAGCUUGUGCCAGGUUCUUUAUGUGUACUUUUGUUACAUGAGACGACGACUGCCCCCCAAUGAACAAGAACACAUGCGAACCAUGCGAGUGUGGUACCCCGACCGUGUGCAAGCGGUGGAAGAGAGCUUUCCGCAGUAUGAGAGCAUCGAGGGGUUUGAGGACUGGCUCCAGUUCAAGGAGCGGCCCAUGGCUGACGCGGAGAUGGAGCUCGAGUAA